AAUAAAAAAUUAAAAGGCUGGGGAUGUAGCUCAGGGCAAAAGCCCCAGGAUCGAUCCCUAGCACUAAAAGAAGAAAAAAAACAAGGAGAUGCUGCAGAGUCAGCCAGAGCCCCACCUCUACCCCUGCCGGCCAGAUGUGCCCAUCUCCCUCAGUCUUAAUCUCCCUGACUGUGAAAUGGGCACUGUGCUGGGCAGCAGCUGCCAGGCGAGGUUGUACAGCGGAGGACUGCUCAGCCGGAGGCCUCUGUGACACUGGCUGUGAGCACCAUCAACGACAGUCACGUUGAGUGGGAAGAAGAGGCUGAAGGGACCAAGGAGGAUUCCCAGAAGCCAGCAAGUCCCCAGUCACCCUGGGAAACCGGUCCAGCCGGUGUCUGCGCUGCCAGCUGCCAUCGCACACAGACCCAAGAUGGAGACACCGGGGACCCAGAGCCGCUUCUCAAUGGGACUCCUGCUGUCUGCCUCAGUCCUGGCCCUCUGGAUGCCCCAAGGUGCCCAGGCAGCUCUCCACAUCCAGAAGAUUCCAGAGCAGCCUCAAAAGAACCAGGACCUCUUCCUGUCCGUCCAGGGUGUCCCUGGCACCUUCCAGGACUUUGUCUGGUACCUGGGGGAGGAGGCGGAUGGAGGCACGAGGCUGUUCACCUACAUCCCUGGGCUCCAGCGGCCCCAGAGGGACGGCAACGCUAUGGGACAGAGGGACAUCGUCGGCUUCCCCAACGGUUCCAUGCUGCUGAGACACGCCCAGGCUUCCGACAGCGGCACCUACCAAGUCGCCAUCACCGUCAACCCCUCCUGGACCAUGAGGGCCAAGACUGAGGUCCGGGUGGCCGAGAAGCAGGAGGACCUGUCUGCUGCUGCCGCACACCUGCCUAUGAACGCGGGCAUCGUGGUGGCCGCCAUCAUGGGGCCCCUGGCCACGGGGGCCCUGCUCAUCAGCGCCAUCGUGUGGCUCCUGGUGAUGAGAGCCCGCAGGGCCCAGAGCCCCAGGGAGACGACCGCAGUGAAACCAGAGCUGAGCCCCCCACCUGACACCGGUGACAACAUCUAUGAAGUGAUGCCAUCUCCAGACCCCCUGGUGUCCCCCCUCAGGGAUGUGGGGACCCUGAACUCAGCCACACGCCCCGCCCCGCCCCCACCCCGGCAGCCAGAGCCGGAGAACCAUCACUACCAGGACCUGCUGAACCCCGACCCUGCCCCUUACUGCCAGCUGGUGCCCACAUCCUCCUGAGGGCUCUGAGAGCCGUGGGGAGGGGGUGCUGCACGACAGACCCCUGAGUCAGGCAGGACGAGGCCCUCAGGAUCCGGUGAGCUGGACGCGCCCACACUCCCAGAAUCACGGAGGACAGGGUGCUGAGGGGACAGGGCAGCAACAGGCCCAGCUCCUCACGCAGCCUGUGGCCCAGGCCACAGCCCCACCUGGAUACCCCGGGGGCCUCGGGGGCUCUCGUUGUCAGCCUUCCACCCGCUUCCUGGGGGACAGGUGGACCCAGACGACGCUCCCCGCAAACCACCUCAGCUGCUCCAGCCCCUGUCAAAAUUCAGCCCCUCAGAACCCGCUGCCAGCUUCUGAGUAUCACCACCCUGACUACCCCACCACCUCGGGGCAACAGUCCACUCUGCCUGUCCCGCCCCCGGUCCCAAGUGUGGGCUCCGCCUCAGCCUCCCAAUUGCUGGGAUCGUGCCCAGCGGGGUCCACUUUAAACUGGGACACCAGAGCUGUAACAAUAAAAUGGGUGUUGUU